AUGGAGCCUCAGGGCAAGAAGCCAGGUGAGGGUGAUGGGAGCCGUGUCACGGCCCAGCUGCUGAAGGCACGCACGGGUGAAUUUGCCCUGGACUCUAUCCUGUUGCUGAAGCUGCCCUGCCUGGGGCUAGUGGACCUGGGCUGCCUGGGGGAGUGCUUGAGCCUGGAGUGGCUGGACCUGUCAGGCAACGCGCUCACCCACCUGGGCCCGCUGGCCGCGCUGCGCCAGCUGGCUGUGCUCAAUGUCUCCCACAACCGGCUGACGGGGCUGGAACCACUGGCCGCCUGUGAGAAUCUGCAGAGCCUCAACGCUGCGGGCAACCUGCUGGCCGGUCCGGGGCAGCUGCAGUGUCUCUCAGGGCUUCGGGGCCUCGAGAACCUGCGGCUCCGGGACCCCCUGGCCCGGCUCAGCAAUCCCCUGUGUGCCAGCCCCUCCUACCGGGCUGUGGUCCGAGAGCUGCUGCCGGGCCUGAAGGUCAUCGAUGGGGAGCGAGUGACGGGCUUUGGUAGUGAGCUCUACCAGCUGUACCGAGACCUGGACAGCUCCCUGCGGCCCAGUCCAGGCCCUCAGGCCCCUGCGGCCCAGCCAUGGGUGGAGCCCGGCUACUGGGAGUGCUGGCCAGCACGGAGCAGCUCCAUCCUGGAGGAAGCCUGCCGCCAGUUCCAGGCCACACUGCAGGAGUGCCGGGACCUGGACCGCCAGGCCGAUGACAGCCUGGCCCAGGCCCAGCAGGCACUGGGCCCGGCAGCAGCCCCCUCCUCCUUUGUGUUCUGA